AUGCUUAGAAGGAGUUUUUUUAUAUUAUUACUAUGUAUUUCAUCUGUUUUUUCAUUCCAGAAUCAUAUUUCAUUGGUUGAUAAUGUUUUUUAUUCAAGAAACUAUGAGUCAUGUUCAGAUAAUCCAUUAAUUGAGAUUACACAUUUUUCAGGGAAAUAUUAUCAUAAAGAACUAUUAAUGGAAUUUGAAAUGUCAGGAAAAAGUUCAGUGGAUGAUAAGAUAAUGAUAACAUUUUUGUUUACAGUACAUGAAAAAAAGCAUAUUAAACAAACAUAUGAUCCAUGUGUUAUUAAGAUUCCAGGACUAUGUUCUAUAGUCUCAACACCAUAUUUUUUAACCAAAGGAGUAUUACCUCUUUCAGCAGAAGAAUCAAAUGUUCCAGAAUUUUUUUUUAAUAUCCCGGAUUUUCAAGGAGAAGUGUAUUUUUAUUUUCAUUCAGCAGUGACAGGGAAAGAAUUAGGUUGUUUAAAAACAGAUAUUGUAAAUAAACAAUCAUUUCAUAAUAAUAUUAUAACAUGGAUAUGUCUUGGAUUUCUUGGGCUAUCUGCUUUUACAUCUUUUAUGGCAUUUUCUUCUCAAUCUAGCUUUUCAUAUGCUUUGCUAGCAGCAUCUCAUUCUAUUCCUGGGCUAUUAACAUUUUGGAGUUAUUUUCAAUUUUUAGCGACUAUUGCAAUGGAAAAUGUAGUAUAUCCGACUUCUUUAAUAGCAUGGGCUUCCAAUUUUUCAUUUUCUCUUGGGCUUAUUGAAUAUUUUCAGGAACUUAUAUAUCUUUUUAAUAAAUUUGCGGAGAAACAUAUACAUCUCAGUUUAGGAAAUGCUAAAGGAAAAGAAAAUAACAUUAAUUUUUCAUUAUCAAACUCUCAUCAAGGUAUUCAAGGACAACUUAAUUAUUUGAAAAUAGCUAACACUAAUGCGUUUAUAAUAUCAAUUAUUUGCUUUGUUUCAGCCGUUAUAGGAUUUCUUAUCAUUUCUACAAUUGUAUGUUUUAUUACGAGGAUUAUUAGACGAAAUGAAAUUUUUAUUCGAAGAAACUGGAUGAAUUUUAACCUUUUGUCAAUUUUAAGAUUGCUUGUUAUUAAUGUUUUUGGAAUAUCAUUUAUUUCUAUUUAUCAGCUAGCACUACAUGAUGCUUAUCAGCCUAAAAUACUCUCUGCGUUUUCGCUACUUAUAUUUGUGGUACCAAUAUUAAUUCUAAGCUUAUUACAUUUCUUUCGUAGUCAUUUUAGAAGAUUGGAUUCAGAAAUGACUGCUAAAUACUGGGGCUGGCUUAUCGUUGAAUAUAAUUCUAAAAAACAACAUUUUUAUCUUGUUUUUCUCACUUAUUCUCUUUGUAAAGCAAUUCUUUUAGGACUUUUCAACUUUCCAUCUAAAUCACAAACAAUCUCACUUUCUAUAGUCGAAUUAUUACAUUUAUUAAGCAUAUUAAUAUUAUUUCCUUUCGAAUCUAUUAGAGCGUAUAUUCUUGAAUUGCUUCUUGGAGCAAUUAAAACAUCAUGUUUAGGAAUCAUUAUUACAUUUUCCCUUAAUAUAUCGGAAUUAUUACGAGCAUUGUUAGGAAUGACAAUUAUAAUGAUAUCUACCAUAGGCUUAUUGACUUUGUUCAUUUUUACUCUAUGGAACUUCAUUAUCGUUUCUUUUUUAGCUAUUACCAAAGAUCAUAUUAAUCACCACUCUUUUAAAACAAACACUCUAUCUGAUAAAAUUCAUAAUUAUAAACAAAAAGUCUUUAAACAAAACAAAUUCGGAAAAGUUUUUGGUUAUGAUCAAUAUCUUUAUCCAGAAAAACAAUAUUACACUUAUUCUUCACAAAGUUCUAACUCUACUGCUCAUAAUUCCGAACAAUAUUAUAUUAAACAAUAUCAAAAGUAA